AGGCUGCGUGUUCACCCGCCGGACCAGGUGCGGACCUGGGAGCUGCGGGGAAGGGGGUUCUAGGAUAGGGACUGAAUCCUGGCUCGGGGCUUCGGAGGUCCGGAGAUCUGAGUGCCCGUGUGCAAGCACUUGAGUGGUCCUUGGUUGGACGCAUCUGUGAGACCUCACAGAGGAGUACUCUUGGGCUCCACGAACCUGCUCCCUGCUCUUUCAGGGAUGGAGGCGAUGGCAGCCAGCACUUCCCUGCCUGACCCUGGUGACUUUGACCGGAAUGUGCCCCGGAUCUGUGGGGUGUGUGGAGACCGAGCCACAGGCUUCCACUUCAAUGCUAUGACCUGUGAAGGCUGUAAAGGCUUCUUCAGGCGGAGCAUGAAACGGAAGGCGCUCUUCACCUGUCCCUUCAGUGGGGACUGUCGCAUCACCAAGGACAACCGACGCCACUGCCAGGCCUGCCGGCUCAAGCGCUGUGUGGAAAUUGGCAUGAUGAAGGAAUUCAUACUGACAGAUGAGGAGGUGCAGCGCAAGCGGGAGAUGAUCCUAAAGCGGAAGGAGGAAGAGGCCUUGAAGGAUAGUCUGCGGCCCAAGCUAUCUGAGGAACAGCAGCACAUCAUUGCCAUCCUGCUGGACGCCCACCACAAGACCUAUGAUCCCACCUAUGCCGACUUUGACCAGUUCCGGCCUCCAGUUCGAGACCAUGAGAGAGAAGGGAGUUAUCCUGCAGGGCACACUCCCAGCUUUUCCAGGAAUUCCUCUUCCUCUGGCUCAGAUCUCUACACCACCUCUCUAGACAUGAUGGAGCCAUCUAACUUCUCCAACCUGGAUCUAAGUGAAGAAGACCCAGAUGAUCCUUCUGUGACUUUGGACCUGUCCCAACUAUCCAUGCUGCCCCACCUAGCUGACCUGGUCAGUUACAGCAUCCAAAAGGUGAUCGGCUUUGCCAAGAUGAUCCCAGGAUUCAGAGAUCUCACCUCUGAGGACCAGAUCGUGCUGCUGAAGUCGAGUGCCAUCGAGGUGAUCAUGCUGCGCUCCAACCAGUCCUUCACUAUGGAUGACAUGUCCUGGAACUGCGGCAACCAGGACUAUAAGUAUGAUGUUACUGAUGUGACCAAAGCUGGGCACACCCAGGAGCUGAUUGAACCCCUCAUCAAAUUCCAAGUGGGGCUGAAGAAGCUGAAUUUGCAUGAGGAAGAACAUGUCCUGCUCAUGGCUAUCUGCAUCGUCUCCCCAGACCGACCUGGGGUGCAGGACGCCAAGCUGGUGGAGGCCAUCCAGGAUCGCCUGUCCAACACGCUGCAGACCUAUAUUCGCUGCCGCCACCCACCCCCAGGCAGCCACCUACUCUAUGCUAAGAUGAUCCAGAAGCUGGCGGACCUGCGUAGCCUCAACGAGGAACAUUCCAAGCAGUAUCGCUCCCUCUCCUUCCAGCCUGACAGCAGCAUGAAGCUCACGCCCCUUGUGCUUGAGGUGUUUGGCAAUGAGAUCUCCUGACUAGGGUGGCCUGUGGUGGCGCCUGGGCGGGGUUGCUCCUCCAGGGCCUGGUGCCCAGGCCCCAGACUGGCUGCAGCCCAGCAACCCCUCCCACCCCUCCUGGAGUUCAACCCCACCUCUGCCAUCUCCCUUGUCUGUCUGGCCCAUCCUGUCUCCUGUCCAGUCUAACACCAGGUCCCCCUUCUCUGCAGGCCACAGGUUGCCCCCUGACCCAUGAGACCUCAGUCAUGAGUUACUGUUUAUUUGACAAAGAAAAAUCAAGUGGAGACAGAGGGCAGAGGCUGGAGGAGGGGCCUUGCCCAAGGAUGUCCCCACCACUCCCUAAGUGGCUGCUGCUAAUGCAAAGGAAGGCAGGCAGGACAAAUGCACCCACUCCUCAGGGACAGAGAUACUUGUACCUCCCCUAGCCCAUAUGUCCAGAGCCUGGUGAGGAGACCCCUCCCCCUGCCCACACAGAAUACAUAACUGACCCACAAUCCUUACCCCACUCCAUCUUAUCCUGCUACCUAUCUGUGCUGUUCUGUCCCAUCCACAAUAGUGCCUCCUCCCUCUGCCUUCCUUCCCCUGGCCUGCCUGGGGCACUCACUGCCAAGAAUGAGCAAAUCCAAGAAAAAACUAAGGUCAUGAUACCCCUUCACCCACCCUGCUGGCCAAAGGGUACUCUCCCAGUCUUGGUAUGCCCACCUCCAUCCCUUUGCCAUGGCAAUCCUCUCAUGGGCAGUAGCUGUGGUAUGCUGGGCUUCCUGCCUAUGGCAGGAGCUGCUGGCUCAGAACCCACCCACUGAGAAGCCCCAGGAGAGCAGAACACAGGGUCAGGCAGUGGACAACAGGCAAACCAGCCUCCCAGAAUGGCAAUGGAUGCUGGUCCAAGGCUGUCUCUGUCACAAAGUCCAGGGUUGGUUGAGAGGGAGCUCUCCUUCCAACCAUCCACAUGGCAAGAUGGAAUUACCCUCGGAUUGCAAAGAAGGCCUGCCUGCCACUGUCCUCCUCCUCACCCUGCCAGUGCCUUACCUCCCACCCAGGAGGGCAGGCCCUCCUACCUUGACCCCCAAGGGGACCUCACCCUCUCUGAUCACCAACGGUGGCAAGGAAGUUGUCCCAAUCUCCUCUUGCCCCAGUCUGGAACAAUAGGGCCUCCCUCUGACAAGUACAUAGGGCUUGCAUCUUCUUCCCCUGACAGGGUGGGAUAGAGGACUGCCCACAUGUAACUCCAAGAUAGCUACCCAGAUGCAGAACAAGAAGCCAGCACCAUGGGCUGGGGAUGUGGCUCAAGCCGUAGCGCGCUCGCCUGGCAUGCGUGCGGCCCGGGUUCGAUCCUCAGCACCACAUACAAACAAAGAUGUUGUGUCCGCCGAAAACUAAAAAAUAAAUAUUAAAAAUUCUCUCUCUCUCUCUCCCUCCCUCCCUCCCUCACUCUAUCUUUAAAAAAAAAAUGAAUAAAGGUGUUGUGUCCAACUGAAAAAGAAAUAUUUAAAAAAAAAAAGAAGCCAGCACCUGCACCUCGGGGCUUGGUGGGGGGAGCUGGUAGAUCCAGGGGCUGGUCAGAGCAUGGGGGGAUCCAGCAGGGUGGGGCUGGUUCCCUUCUCAUCACUCUACCACCCAGAACUCACAGGGAGCAUGGCCAGGGGGGGAAUGCAUAACUUCAGACUCCAUUUCCUCCUCUAGUGGCCACACCCAGGAUAUGGGAACCCUCCCUGCUGAAUGGGUUGUGGGUGUGUGGGCCACACAGAGGGGCUUCUUCCAGAGGGACUCAUGGAGGGACUCAUGGAGGGUCUUUGAGAUGACUGCUUGAAUUAGGGGAGUAUUUCUGCAUCAACUUGGAGGUAAGAUCAGUAGGAAUAUGGCCACCCGAAUCCCAAGAAGAUGCACCCCUCCACCUACAUCUGUCAUUUCCUGAAAACUGGGAGGAAUCAGACUUAACGUGGCAAGAGCUGUCAGUGUCCUCCUGGCCCUGCAUUUCCCAGAAUUCUUCAGGUGAAAACAUUCUGAAGGCCACAUUCCAUAUUACAGAAUAGCAUACCUAUGGCUUCAUCUCAUUAGAUAUGAGUUGCUUUCAGAAUCAGACUCCACUAUGUUCUAAUAUUGAGGGUACCAGGCAGAGCCAUUUAUGGGGGGAAAACUUACAUUGUGAAAAUACUGUACAUUAGUGAAUAUUGUUAUUAUUGUAUAAGGGUCUAGGGAAAGACCUUUGAUUUUAGCUGUAGAAUGUUUUUAGCUGUAGAAUGCAUUGAUCUAACUUUCUAUUCAGUCGGGGAAGAAAGCUUAAAAAUUGUUAAAGUAGUUCAACCCCCUUGUUAAAGGAAACUGACACUUAGAGGAGGGUAUGACUUACCCAUGAUCAAAUAACUAUUUUUAAGUUGCUCCAGGAGCUGAGGCUGAGGCAGAAGGAUCACAAGUUCAAAGCCAGCCUCAGCAACUUAGUGAGCCCCUGAGCAACUUAAAGAGAUCCUAUCUCAAAAUAAAACAUAAAAGGGGUUGGGGAUGUGGUUAGCACUCUUGGGUUCAAUCCCUGGUACAAAAGAAAAAAACUAAACAAACAAGCAAAUAAGUCACUCCAGGGCUGGACAAGAAUUUGGACUUAUAGUCCAGUGCCCUUUUCAAUAUAAAACACUUAAGCUCAGACCCUAUUUUCCGUUUCCCUGAUGACUGACCCAAAUUUAAACAGAGCAUGUCUAGAUCUGGAACCCCUUCCUUUUUUCCCUGGGUUGUAGCCCCACUGACCCAUCAGAAGAAGGAGGGGGAAGGACAUUCAGCCUGUGUCUCAAUGUGAAUCAACCCCUCCCCUCUGGUGGCCCUGGCCUUUGGUCUCUGCCUCAGCCCAGUAUAAUGCUGUUGUUGCCUUAUCAAUAAAGUACCUUGAUCUUUGUAA